GGGGACUGAGCUAGGAGGUGCGAGUGCGAGUGCGCAUGCGCCUCUGCUGUAGCCUGGAGUUUGUUAAAUAGUGACGGGGAGUGAUAAUGGUGGACAAUUUAGUCUCGAUGAAAUCAAGGAAUGCGCCACUAUGGCAACACUUUGGCUUUGAGCCAGACGAAGGAGGCAACCCUUAUUUGCACUGAUUAAGUAAGCUGCAAAAUUUACUUGUAAGGAAUAAAAGAAACAACUUGUUACUGUCACUCUGUUGUCCCAAGGUCGUUUUUUAUUUUAAAUGAGUCAGUUGCGCCCCCAAGUGGCGAAAAUCCGGUAUUACCGACUUGAUGCGUUUUUUUUUUUUGUUGUUUUUUUUGUUUUUUGUUUUUUUACAAAAACCGGAUCGUUUUUUUUUUUUUUCUCAUACCGACCCAACCCUAUAGACCAUGAGUUAGGACUUUUUGCCAAACUUUUUUUUUUUCAGUGUUUUUAACGGAGCCCAGUUGGUGUUGUUGGAAAAAAAAAUGAUUCUCUCAAUAAGAUAAUUUUUGCUCUCACUUUAGUAAUUUGUGCCCUGGACUCUAUACGUUGUGCUUUCAUUUAAUAUUUAGGGACCGAGCCUAGAGGCAGAGGACUGCUCACAGAGCAGGACCUUAUUGUUUUUGGUGCGUUUAUUCUUUCUUUCUCCUGCCGCCUCUUUGAAUUGGAAUUUGACCCCCUAAACAUGCUCAAAAACUCACCAAAAUUGGCACGCACAUCAGAAGCGGCGAAAAUUUUUUGAAAAUCAUGAAAUUAACCCCUAAAGUGCCAAAAUGGGCUCUCUAGCGCCACCUAGGCACACAAAAAUGGCCGCUACGGCCUGUAGGAACGUCGUAGAAACAUGAAACCAAAACUGCUGUGUUUGUCUCAUGAAGACCUAAAAAUCAGGCACUGACACCCCUGACCUAAAUCCAACAGGAAGUGAGAUAUUUGCCCUUUCAAAGUAAGAUUUUGCCUUAAAACUGCCUUUCCUAAAAAAUCUUCUUCUCAUACACCGCUUAUCCAAUCGGCUUCAAACUUGCACAGAUGACAGAUCAACUCCUUCUAAUCAGAUCUUAUUUAUAACUUUUUCAUUACUCGCUUAGUUUGGAUUUUAUGGCCUCCAUAAGGUGAGAUGUCAGAAAAACGUCCUGACGAUCUUCGAAAGCUGUCCCAUAGGAAAUGAAUGGCAGCAGGGGGGAGAAAGAGACCAAUCUUAGGGCUUUUUCUAGCAUUUACAGCGUCUCCAUACUUUGUGCUACAGACUCCAUUCCAACUCUCAAAUGUUGCCACAGGUCUCAUCUAUUCACUCAUGUUUUCAUCUUCUUCAUAUCUUUUACCGUUUUUGAUCUGUGCCUCUCAAAGUACCAUGAGCAAAAGUGGAGAAAUUCUCAGUUUACAUUGGGUGUGUAUUGCACGGAAUGCUGUGAGCUAGAGUGGAGAGGGCUCUAAAAAUCUGACCACAUUUUUGACUGUAGAAAUAUAAAACAACACACGUGCAUUCACGAGAAGUGGCUGUCUCUCACAAUCACUUUAUUUUCUUGAUUGGACCAACGGUUUGGGUAUGGGAAGGACUUGUUUGAGGAGUUCAAACCCAUAUUAAACAGCCUUUGCUGAUCUGCUCUCAUGAGCUCUGUGUGUGCCCCUCAGGUGCAGGCAAGUCAUUAAUCGCCAUGACAACGACUGCACACACAGACACAGCCACACAGCUCUCUCUGUCUGUCUCACAAUCUUUAAAGGACAGAUUACAGCAGCAGAAACUUCAUUUGAAACAGCAAAUACACAUUAUUAACCCCUACAGUGCCGAAAUGGGCUCUCUAGCGCCACCUAGACGCACCAAAAUGGCCACUGCAGCCCGUAGGAAUGUCGUAUCAAGAUCAAACCAAAACUGGUGUGUUUGACUUACAAAUCACGCAUUGACACCCAUGACCUGAUUCCAACAGGAAGUGAGCUAUUUGACCUUUCAAAGUAAGAUUUCGCCUCAAACGUGGUCUCAAGAAAACACAUCUCCUCCUACACCGUUUAUUUUAUCAGUUUUAAAGAUGCACACAUGCCACCUCAACUGCUACUAAACAGAUCUUCUGUAUAACUUUAUCUCUCUCAUCAUCACAUUAUUUUCAUGAUUGGACAAACAGUUUGGACCAACAUUUACACAAUAGAUUUAUUUUGUUUUGUGUUGUUUUUGUCGUCUCUUCCUCAAAAUAAAGGAAGAGGAAUCUGAUGGGAAGAAAUUCGCUCAUCUAAUUUGCAUAAUGUGACAUCACUUGUACAUACCUACAGCUACAGAAAGCAUUCAAACAUCAAAACGUUCAGCUCUGUAAGGAUUUUCUGAUGUUUGUGGCAAUAUGUUUGAUAUUUCUAAAUAAUUCACAGUGACGACAUAAGCUGGGGGCCAAAAUGGGCGCGAGUGCGAGGUCCCGCCCAACGCUGCUUGCAGCUUUAUUGUUUUUGGUUUUAGACUUUCAAGCUCCAUCUCUCCCUCUCUCUCUUUGCCCAAACAAAACCACAGAGCCACCCCUUAAUGAAAACUAUAUAGUAGCUGUACAGGGUAACUGCUGCCUCCUUACACAGGACAGCAUCUGAGCUUCAGGCUUUUUCCCCACAUUCCAGCUCUGAGACCAAAGCCACAAUUUGUGUAGCUUUGGUUGGCAAACACUAAUGUAGCUCUGGGUCUGGAACCAGUUCUGUUCAGGAUUCUUGGAACCUUGGUGCAGUCCAGUGAACCAGCUCGUGUUGAGUGGAUUCCUUGUAAUGUGCCAUCAAAAGAAGGUGUUGCACAACGCAUAACAGAACAGUAGUAGCAAAAUAGUGGAUUGCAUUGAUUACUUGUGAACUUUUGUUUCACAAUUACAGAUAUUUGUUUAUAUCCAAAAAACAAUACUAUAUAUACUAUAAAUCUGGGUUCCCUACGGUGGCUGAGACCCGCCAUAUGCAAAUAAAAGUAACACUGUAAACAAAAAUAGAUGCCACUGCAAAUAAAAAGAAAAGCUUCUGCAAAUAAAAGAAAAACGUUGCAAAUAAAAGAAACAUCGCAGCAAAUAAAAAAAAUAAGCGAUGCAAAUAAAAGAAACACCGCAGCAAAUAAAAAACAUAAGCGAUGCAAAUAAAAAAAGCCACAACGGAAGUGGAUUACCGGGGACUGUUUUUGCCGAUGCACCGGUGUUUUGUGAGAGGAGAAGAAGAAGACGAAGAAGAAGACGAAGAAAUAGAGAAUGGAGAAACAAGAACAGGAAUACAAACUGGAAAACGAACAAGAAAGUAAGUGAAAAUGUUAGUGUUUAAUGUCGCUACGUGUACUUUUUAAUGUGUUAUUUGGUGAGGUCAUGUAGCCCCAGGUUUGAAGUUGAACUGGACGAUGCCGGUGUAUUGUUAGCUUCGGCUAACACGGAGAAACCCAAUGUGUGGUGCGGAAAGACCUCAAACGAGAGGAGAAUCAAGUUCGGUAACUUUACUAGAAUAUGCAGAAAAACACAGUUACAUGUCCACCGCACGCUGUCACUCCAGAGCAGUGUCUACCCCAGACAAACACAACUAACAACAGGUACUGAGAGCCCGGAAUGAAAACACAUCUGAGUGGAAACAACUGAGUUCCGGCAGCUUAAUGCGGUCGUUGUUGUUGUUUUUAAUCAUUAAUCAUCAAGCUAUCAAUAAUCUAAGGCGUGGGUAACAAUAGUUAUUUUGAUGAAUGUGAGGUUGAAGCUGUGUGGGGUGGCCAGGGACUUUUGAGAAAGUACCAUAAUGUCAGAUUGAGGUACGGAACGAAAACAACUGACGGCUAAAAUGUUCAUGCAAUUGAAGUCCAAAGCAACCUAAUGAUACUUGAUUUUUUUUUUUGUUGCAGAUGUAUUGUCCUUUUUGUGGACACCAGCUGACUUCGAAAUCAGCGUUUUGCUGUUCCUGUGGCAAGGGGAUCCAGUUCCUGUGUAAUGUUGAUCAAGACAAACCUGGCACAAGUGAGGAGGCUCCUGGAAAAAGUGCACUAGAGUCCUUUCAGACUUUUCGGAGUCUGAAAGAGAAGGAGAGACAAGCCUCCUUCAAAAAGAAAAAAACACAAUCAAAAGAAAACCUGAAGGUUGUGAAGAUUUCAGUAGGCCUUAUGCGGCUGAAGGAUGGUGGGCUUAAGACUGUCAGAGGACAGUACUUCCCCUUUUAGUGAGACCAGAGUGCAACGCUGACGAAUUACAGAGGGCCGCUGAACAAAAAUUGAAGGCCUUCCACCAAAAUUUACGUGGUGGUCCUUAUGUACUGCUCUACCCGGACGGAACAAAGAUCGUUAACGUACCAGGAACUGAAGUACCGUUCAAUCUAAAAGACUACAAGGAGGCACUGGGAAAGGCUUACCAGCGAAUAACACUGUACAUUUGUACAUGUGAAGAUUUCUUUGCCUCUUCUCAGGAAACCAACUCUGAAUCUGACGAGUCAGAUUCAGAGGUGAUCAUCAUGAGUCCACGCUCUGCAGAAUUCAAUGCAGCUGAUACAUUAUUAUGGGAACCUGCAGAUGGAGAGUCAGGCACUGAUUCAGCAGCUCUGGUCUUACUUUCUGACUCAGAAGAGGGCCCAGGAACAUCAGGAGGUGUGAUGGAAACUACAUGCUAUAGCAAAUAUACUCGGCUGUAUGCACCCAUUGUAAUAGAGAAUGAGGAUGACUCAGACAGUGUUGAGUGCAGUCAUGACAUUCCAGAGGAUACAGGGGUGGACAAGCCAUCAAUUUCUGAGAUAACUGCAAACCUGGCCCUCGAGAUUGACCGUCAAGCUGUCAGCAGAUUUAACAUCUGUCGCUCUGACAUCUGGAAUGGAGCAGUCAGAGGAUUUAAAAGGGCAACAUUCUCAGAAAAGAAAGACAUCCUGGUGAAAUUCUCUGACAAUGAAGGGAGACUUGAGGAAGGUCUCGAUACCGGUGGUCCCAAGAGAGAAUUCCUCUCCCUUCUGAUGAAAGAGCUGAACAAACGGCCCAUAUUUGAUGGACCUGUGGAGAGCCGUUACCUGGUCUACAAUUCAACAGCUAUUGUAGAGGAUGAGUAUUAUUUAGCAGGGAAGAUGAUUGCUGUGUCAAUUGUACAUGGCGGACCAGGUCCCAAUUUUCUGUCACAGGAUCUUGUCAGCUACAUCUCAGGGCAGACCAGUUUCAAGGGAUCUGUAGGAGACAUUACAGAUGAGGAGAUAGGGAAAGUCCUACAAGAGAUUCAGAAUGCACCCUCAUUGGAAAUCCUUCAGGACUUGAUGGUACAGAACAGCGCCAUGUUGCAGACCGCUGGGUGCUUCAGGCAUGUCAGGUCAUGUGAAGAAAAAAAAAAGAUUGUAGAGGAGUACCUGAAGUGGUACAUCAUCCACAGGAACAGCACUGCAAUCGAGAGAUUCAAGGCUGGACUUGAAAGUCUGCAGUUUCUGACAGCUCUGCAGCAGCAUCCGACGGUCCUGACCCCUGCUCUCUGUCAUGCCAAUGUGAAGCUGUCUGCUGCGGAGAUGGAAAAUCUGUUCCAGCCUGAACUGAGUCAUCAGGGAAGCAACAGGAGGGCUCAGGAAGAGAAAGUGAUGACUUACUGGGCAGACUAUCUUCUCGAUUGUGAAGAUGACAGCUCCGUGACCUUGGAGGAGGUGUUGAUGUUCGCUUCAGGUGUGCCAUGUGUGCCUCCUGCUGGUAUGAGUCCUCUGCCACGCCUUCAAUUCCUGUGUUCUACAACGUCAACAUUCCCAAUGGCGAAUACCUGUGCCAACAUUUUAAAGCUUCCUCUUUUGGACACUUAUAGUGCCUUCAAAGCCAACAUGGACUUUGGCAUCAAGAAUUCCCCCGGCUUUGGGUGCUUUUAGACAAUUAACUUGUGGUAAAAGUUAAUGUUGCCACACACAGUCUCACUCACUAGUGUAGUUUUAAUGUAGUGAGGAAGAGAGAUGUUUGUGAGAGUUUCUAUUUUCAUGGCAGAUUUGUGAUAUUUGUUAUAUAUUUCAUAGCACAUUUGUUAUGUUAUACAUUCUGUUGCACAUUCAAACAUAAGUUGCACAGCAACAUUUUUUUUUUAAAUAUUUUGUUUUGUAUUGCAAAUACGUGGUCUGUUGUCAACACCACACAUUUUUAUUGUAUUAUUAAUUGAUAACAGGAAUGGGCUUGCAGCUUCAGCUU